AAAUUUUUCAAAUUUUUUUUAUGACCGUUUUGUCCCUACCCUUCUCCUUUUUCCAACGCUCCUCUCUCUUCUUCCCCUGUUUUCCUUUUUCUUCAAUUUCUUUCUCUGAAAGAUUUUGUUAUUUGAAUUGAAACCAUGAAAUUCUAAUAAAGAUCUUUCUUUUACACAAAGAAAGAGCAAAAAAAAUUACCUUUAAGAAAAAUUAAGAACAAUAACUCUGAUGGGUUGUUUUCUUGCUUGUUUUGGUACUUCUAAAAAGGAUCGUAAACCUAGAAGAAGACAUAGGAAUCAGGUUUUGCCAAGAGGAGCCCAACAACAAAGGAAUGCUAGUUUCAAUUCCGUACAAUGUGUUGUCUCUUCUGUAAGAGAAGAGUCUGAAAACCCCAUUAGCUUAGUUGAAGAGCUUUCGCAGAAGCAGCCCGAGGUUCAACCAAGCUUGAGUACAAGGAAAAAGGUGACUUUUGAUUCAAAUGUGAAAACUUAUGAACAUGUUUCAACUCAUGAUGAUACAGAUGUUUCACCAGUUAGUGAAGAAGAUGUUAAGAAAAAGGAGAAGGAGAAAGAGAGAGAUCAUGCCAAAUUAAGCUUAUCUAAUUGUUCUUCUGAAGAGAGUUCGAUCACUUCGAGCUCCUUGCUAUCUUUUCCCCCGAAUCAUAGGUAUCAAAAUUGUAGAGAAAGUGAUGAUGAAGAAGAAGAGUUGGAUUUUGGGGACAGUGAUCUUGAUGAGGAUGAGGAUGAUCUUGAUGAUGGGGAGUUAGAUUAUGAAGAUGAAAUCAUUGCACCGAAAAGGGUAGCUUUCGGGGAAGUGGAUAAUGAGAUACAAACAAUUGGGUUGAGCCGAAAUGCUCGAGAUAGAAGAGGUUAUGUUCAUUCUGUCCUAAAUCCGGUUGAAAAUCUUUCUCAAUGGAAAGCUGUGAAAGUAAAAGGAGGUAAACCAGUAAUGAUGUUACCUCAGAAAGAGAAUAAUUUCUCAUUAGAUCAAGAACCAAAUUACAAGGAGUUAUCUCUUAGUUUCAAGUCAAAAAAUGACCAAUCCAUUAAGCCAAAGCAAGAUAUGGCAGUUGAUGCUAGCCUCUCAAAUUGGUUGGUUACACCAGGAAAUACCACACCUAUUAGUAAGACUAGCUCAUUUGGUUUUACUACUCCUGAUAGAUGCACAUCUCAAGGAUCAAACUCAGUGAAAAGCAAAGAUGAAGAUAGGCCAAUAUUAGGUGCUUUGACUGUUGAAGAGAUAAGGCAAUUCUCAACAACAAAUUCGCCGAAGAAAUCCCCUUGUCGAAGCCCCGAUGAGAUGCCAAUAAUAGGUACUGUUGGAACCUAUUGGAGUCAUUCAGGGGCUACUACUACUAGCAAUGAUUCUGGUACAGAUACUUCUUUCAAAGGAAUACCAAACACAACUAGCAAGUACAGUGAGGAUAGAAGAGUGAAUUGGCACACUACUCCAUUUGAGACAAGGUUAGAGAGAGCUUUGAACAGAGGAGGGACUACUGAACCUAUUGGCACUCUUAGCUCAUAUUAGAUACAACUUGUGAAAAUGUUCAUUUGUGAUGAUAAGUUUGGUUGUGCAUUUUGUUGUUGUUGUUGUUGUGUGUUGAUAAUGACAUUUUUUUAUUCUUUUUUUGUGAAUGGGGUUGUGUUUGUGAUAUAUUGGCCUUGCAUUGUAACUUUCUAUUAAAUCAAAAUUAUAGAUGAUAUUUUGUUCAUUUGAUGAUCA